AUGACGGGAUCUGUUAAUAAAAGGUACUUAUUGAAUGGGGUGAAAAGAAUGAGAAUAAUAUUAUGUGAUACAAAUGAGAUAGUAACCAACCUUUGGCGAGAAUCUAUACCCCAAGCAUAUAAACAAAAUGACAAAUAUCUUUGCAUUCAUCAUGGGCACCUUCAAUCCCUUAUGAAUUCAAUGCGUAAAGGUGACAAGAUCCAUCAUGGCCACUCGUACGCAAUUGUCUCACCAGGAAACUCGUACGGCUACCUCGGAGGGGGUUUUGAUAAAGCCCUGUAUGAUUAUUUUGGAGGGAAGCCCUUUGAGACAUGGUUUAGAAAUCAGCUCGGAGGAAGAUAUCAUACUGUUGGAUCUGCAACAGUAAUUGACUUGCAACAAUGUCUGGAAGAAAAAACAAUCAAAUACAGGGAUGGUAUCAGGUACAUUAUUCACGUCCCAACUGUGGUUGCUCCAUCUGCUCCUAUAUUUGAUCCGAAAAAUCCUCUCAAGACAGGGUUCGAACCUGUUUUCAACGCGAUGUGGAACGCCUUGAUGCAUGCUCCAAAUGAUAUUGAUGGUCUUAUCAUUCCUGGAUUAUGUACCGGGUAUGCAGGCGUACCGCCUACCAUUAGUUGCAAAAGUAUGGCAUUUGCAUUGCGACUCUAUAUGAUGGGAGAUCUUAUAAGCAAAGAACUAAAAAAUGUACUGAUUAUGUAUUACCUGCGGUAUCCAUUUGAACCUUUUUUCCCGGAGAAUUGCAAAAUAGAAUGCCAAAAGCUGGGCAUAAAUAUUGAAAAGCUGAAAUCGUUUAAUAUAGAAGAAGAUGCAGUAGAAAUAAUCAUUCCUAAAAGGAUGUAA